AUGGAUACAAAACUCAAACACUCCCUUACUUUCCUCACUUUUAUUCUUCUUGUUUCCUUCUUGUCUCUUUGGCUCCUAAGGUAUCAGAAGCUAGGCAUUGCUGAGUCCAUUACAAGGCAAAGAUGGUGUCAUUGGAGAGGUAAAUGGAGUGUUCAGGACAUUGAAGGGAGAAGGUCCGUCACCUGGAGUUGGACACAGGAUUAUAGGAGGGAUGAAGGAUUCGGUCCAAGUUCUGGUGGUGUUGGACACAGGUUCAUUGGAGGGAUGAAGGAUUCUGGUCCAAGUUCUGGUGGUGUUGGACACUAA